AUGUGGCUUGCGGGUUUGGGCGUUUGGGCGUUCCCCAAGGGCAAGCCAUGCGCCGCGUCGGUCCAUGACCGAAUGAUGAUCUCCAUCGAAGUCAAGCCAGAUCCUCUUCUCCACCAGAUUGCAGACACGUCUGUUCCUGUUCCAGUCGCCUGGGCCAUGGUCUCUCUACGGAAGGGGCUGAUCAGCAUUCGGGAGAUCUACAUGCCAAACAGUCAAGCCAAGUCCCGCGGACGCUUGUGUGUGUAUGGCUCACGGCCCAGCGAUGCGACUGAGCGUGCCGAAGUUCCGAGUCUGGUGGAUCAACAAAGCCUCCACGCCGACGAUCCGUCCGACGUGCUGUCUCACCGCUGA